ACCGUCUUCGGCCGCCGUAGACCGACGAAAAAUCUGGGCGACAGGGGCAGAAGUAGAAGCGGUUCGUGGAAGUGUUACGUUUUAGGCUCUGCUUGUGGACUGGAGAAAAUCGGGUCCUGACUCCCCAGGAGCAAAAGAAUCAGUAGAAGGAGGAAGAAGUUACAGGAUUUGGUAUCAGCAUUACUGGGGACAUGCUUGAUUGAAGACAGGUAUCAGAACAGAAAUUUAGAGCAGAUCCAGAAGACACAGCGACAGAGCCUCCUUGUUGCCAGCUGUUUUUAGAGAACGGAAAAAAAUGAUCCAGUCCCAGGAAACCCUGACGUUUGACGAUGUGACUGUGGACUUCACGUGGGAGGAGUGGCAGCUCCUGACCCCUCCUCAGAAGGACCUGUACCAAGAGGUGAUGCUGGAGAACUAUAGCAACCUGCUGUCUGUGGGUUAUCAAGCCAGAAAGCCAGACGUACUCUCUAAUUUGGAUCACGGAGAACCAUGGAUGAUAGAAGAUGAAAUCCACUGUCGAACCCAUUCAGGGUAUCAAGCCAGCAAACCAGAUGCUGUCUCCAGGUUGGAACGAGGAAGAUGGCCAGUAGAAGAUGACUGCCACAGUCGAAUCUGUCCAGAAAUCAGGAAAGUUGAUGACCUUCUGCAGCAUCACUUGACAAAUCACAGCAUUCAAAAUACUGUGGAACAAUGCUGCGAACAUAAUACAUUUGCAAAUAUUGUAAAUCAGAGCGAAAGUCAUUUCCUGUUAAAGCAAAAUUGUGAUAUGUUUGACUUAACUGAAAAACCUUUAAAAUCAAAUAUAAGUUUUGAAAACCAGAAGAGAAGCUGUAACUUAAAGAACUCUGCUGAGUUUAAUGGAGAUGGGAAAUCCCUUCUCCAUGCUAACCAUGAGCAAUCUUUUACUGAAAUUAAAUUUCCUGUAAGUGCAAAACCCAUCAGCAAUAACUCCCUGUCCACUAAGCAACAGAGAACUCACAACAUAGAGAAAGCCCAUGUAUGCAGUGAGUGUGGGAAAGCCUUCUUCAAGAUGUCUCAGCUCUUUGAUCAUCAGAGAGUUCAUACUAGAGAAAAACCUCAUGGAUGCAGUCUGUGUGGGAAAGCAUUCUCCAGAAAAUCCAGGCUCACUGAACAUCAAAGAACUCAUAUCGGACUGAAACAUUAUGAGUGCACUGAAUGCAAUAAAACCUUCUUCAAGAAAUCGCAGUUCAAUAAACAUCAGAAAAGUCAUAUGGGAGAGAAACCUUACACAUGUAGUGAAUGUGGGAAAGCAUUCACCACAAAGUGUCUGCUCAUUUAUCAUCAGCGAACUCAUACAGGGGAGAAGCCCCAUGGAUGCAGUCUGUGUGGAAAAGCCUUCUCUACAAAGUUCAGUCUCACUACACAUCAGAAAACUCAUACAGGAGAGAAACCUUACAUAUGCAGUGAAUGUGGAAAAGGCUUCAUCGAGAAGAGGCGUCUUAUUGCACACUGUCGAACUCAUACUGGUGAGAAACCCUUUGUAUGCAGUGAAUGUGGGAAAAGUUUCACCUUGAAGAAGAGUCUUAUUCCACAUCAGCGAACUCAUACUGGAGAGAAACCCUAUACAUGCAAUGAUUGUGGAAAAGGCUUCACCUUGAAGAACCCUCUCAUCAGACAUCAGCGAACUCAUACAGGAGAGAAACCCUAUGUAUGUAUUGUAUGUGGAAAAGGCUUCACCAUGAAGGGUGAUCUCGUUGUACAUCAGCGAACUCAUAUUGCAGAGAAGCCAUUUAUAUGCAGUGACUGUGGGAAAGGCUUCACUGUGAAGAGCCAACUGAUUGUACAUGAGCGAACUCAUACCGGAGAGAAACCCUACGUGUGCGGUGAAUGCGGAAAAGGCUUUCCAGCCAAGGCCCGCCUGAUUGGACAUCAGCGAACACACACAGGAGAGAAACCCUAUGUAUGCAGUGAUUGUGGAAAAGGCUUCAUUCAGAAGGGCAAUCUCAUUGUACAUCAGCGAACUCACACAGGAGAGAAACCCUAUGUAUGCAACGAAUGUGGCAAAGGCUUAUCCGCGAAAAGGAAGCUCGUUGCACAUCUGCGAACUCAUACUGGAGAGAAACCAUAUAUAUGCAAUGAAUGUGGCAAGGGCUUCACCGUGAAGAGUACUCUUGGUACACAUCAGCAAACUCACACUGGAGAGAAACCGUACAAAUGCAACGAGUGUGGUAAAGCCUUUAAGAAGAAGACAUGCCUCAUACGACAUGAGAGAUUUCACUCAGGAAAGAUCUUUGCAUGUACUGAAUGUGGAAAAUUCUCUUUGUGCAAAAAUGAUCUCAUUACCCGUCAGAGAAUUCACACAGGAGAGAAGCCAUAUGAAUGCAGUGAAUGUGGGAAAACCUUCACCACAAAGUCAGGGCUCAGUGUUCACCAAAGAAAACAUACAGGAGAGAGGCCCUAUGGAUGCAGUGAGUGUGAGAAAGCUUUUGCCCACUUGUCAAUCCUUGAUAAACAUAAGAGAAUUCACAGGUAGUCACUUUGGGGAAGGCUGUUGCCGGUUGUAGACCCUCAAGAUAAUAGUAUGCAGAGAAGAAUCACAAUGCAAAGAAUGUGGUAUUAUCUUUAGUGAUCAAGUACCUCAUAUUUUAUAUUGAUGAAAAAAUUUACAAAACUACUCGGAUACAAUCAGCCUUGGUGAAAAUAUUUUAGGACAUUCUAUGUCUAAAAAGUAUAUACUGAGAUAAAGCCUAUGAGUGUGAAAGACUAGGAAAGCCUUCAGUGGAAAUAAACCCUAUCAUAUGUGAUCAUCAUAGAUCAUGAAUGAAUGAAUGUUUCUAAUUGGUAGAAGUAUAAUUGUGGGAAAGCCUUUGCCCAGAAGUAAUACCUCAACAGAUGUCCGUUAUCACUAGAGAAAUACUUUCCUGUGGAAAUGAAUAUGGCAGGGUUUGCAGUAGUAAAUAUUGCUUUAUCAUUUGCCAGGAAAUCCGUGCAGAAACCCAUUCUAUAUGGUGGACGUUAACAAAAUAUCAGACAACUUAAUGAAGGAAAGAAGCCUUGGGGAAAUGAUGAAUGAGAGCAUUCUGUUACAAGUCUUAAGGGAUACUACACCUCACAAGCAACUGAAGGAUACCUUCAGCCAUAUUUCUAGUUUCCUUGUCAUUGAUCUUAUAAAUUUUACAUAGUGGCAGUUACUCUCAACAUGGAUUGAAUUUUCAUUAUUUAACUUCUGCAUUUCUUUGGUUCCAAGUUUGUGUUAUUUCAGAAUAUUUGAAGUACUUCAAAAUGAAAAAUGUACUCGUUUCUUAAGUAUAACAACAGAUCUGGAUGUGUUUAACCAAGUUUGUAAGUACCAUCAGGGGGUUUAUAAAAUUAAUAUAAAUGUGAUGUUUUUAUAACUUUUAAUUUUGAAGUAAGUUUAGAAUCACAAAAACAAACAUUCCAGAGAUUUCCUAAAUGCCCUUCAGCCCACUACUCCCAAAGGUAAAAUCUUAUAAUAACCACACAGUUUACUGUGUGGUUAUAUAAGGUCAAAUAGAGGAAAGUGAAAUUGUUACAGUGCUGUUAACUACAGGGUUUAUUUCGAUUGCACCAGUUUUAACAUGUAGUAGUUUUUGUUUGGUUUUUAUAUAUCUCCUUAAGAAACUUCAUCACAUAUGUAGGUUCCUGUAACCAACACCCCAGUAAAAAUUUAGAAUGCUUUGUCAACACAAACUCCCUCAUGCUACAUCCUCAUAGUCACAUCCUUUCCCCGACACUAACCCUUGACAUCACAGAUCUUUUUGUAUCCAUAAUUUUGUCAUUUAUAGAAUAUUAGAAAAAUAGGGCCUCCCUGGUGGCGCAGUGGUUGAGAGUCCGCCUGCUGAUGCAGAGGACACGGGUUCGU